AUGACGUCUGAGGGUGGUCCACAAGUCAUUGUAACUGACAGGGAUCUAGCUCUAAUGAAUGUUGUUGCAUGGGAGAAUGUUAUGGACUAUGAAGAUGAGUUAAAGUUUAACGAUUGUGUUAAUCGUCUUGAGCUUGUUUGCCAGCCAUGGCCUGUAUUCUUUGAAUAUGUUAAUGACUCGUGGAUAAUUUCUUACAAGAAAUACUUUGUCAAGGCGUGGAUGAACAAAGUUAUGCAUUUAGGGAAUACAACAUCAAACAUAGUUGAGUCUGCUCAUUGGAGCCUCAAGAAAGUUCUUGGAAGUAGUAUGGGAGACCUUUGUUCGUGUUGGGAUGGAAUUCACAAUGUUAUUAUCUUGCAACAUAACGAAAUAAAGACGUCUUUUGAAAGAAGUAUUAAUCUGAUGAGUGACUCUUACAAGGCAUUGAGUUAUAGAAGAUUAGUGGGAUAUGUUUCUAGAUCUGCCUUAGAACUCCUUGCUCCAGAGUUAGAAAAAGUUAAGAAAAUUGGAUUCGAUACUAGUCGUUGUGGCUGCAUUCUCAGACAGACUUAUGGUCUUCCAUGUGCGUGUGAAUUAACACGAUAUGACCCUGGGAUGAUUCCUCUCCAAGAAAUUCAUGUCAUGUGGACUAGGUUGAGCUUCUCACAUGUGUCCUCUUCACAAUUCGAAGGGCAAUUAUCUAUUCAAAGGGAGGUUGAUUUGCUGCUUAAUCUUUUCAAAGAAGUUGACAUUGCAGGAAAAGUAACCAUCAAACAUAAAUUACUUGACAUAGUUUGCCCUUCGAUGACAUCGAUGUUGUCGCCAACGAGUAAAAUUAAGACGAAGGGUGCACCUAAAAGUCAUUGA